UACACAUCUGGGAUGGCAUGAGGGUGAAUAAAUGAGAGAGUUUUCAUUUUUGAGUGAACUAUUACUUUAAUACCUUUUACUUGAUGGUUAUACCACUUGACAUUUUUAUAGUCAUUAAACCAUUUUUUAUAUGAAAUGCAUGAUUUUGAAAAAUGUAUGAAACAUGGACACAAAUAUUGCAUUUCUAUGCACUUAACAGAUGUGUAGACUAGAGUUUUAAAAGAUUUCUUAUUUUGUAUCAUCUCGGACAUCCUCAUUUCUCAACGACCAUAUUGCUUUUAAGUGGCAAGAAAACAUUUGGACAAUUCUGGAGAGAUGUCAUGUGUUGGUCUGAAAUGUGGAGAUAACAUCACAGUAAAUAGCAGAAGUCGAAAGUGCAAAAAUGUCCCAGAUUACCCAAAUUCACCCUACUUUCACUUUAUGAGUGCAGUGGGACUGAUACAGGUCAUAGAGGAGCAGCAGAAGGAGGUGCUAUAGAGAAGUCAUUCCUCCAUGGGCUGGAUCUGAUGUUGAUGUGCUGCUCUGUCCAAACAAAUACUCGAACACUGGAACUUUCUCUUGACACAACAACAAAUCACUUCAUUUACUGAAGCUGAGCGGGUUUAACAUGUGUCAUUCGUGAUCAUCUGAGCGCAGGACUCUCCAUUGAAAUCACAUUCAAUCAACAGGUGAAACUCAAGAUGCCCAGCCAGACUCUGCGCCCCAGACUGUGCGUCCUGGAGAAGGGCGAGAACGGAUACGGCUUCCAUCUGCACGGAGAGAAGGGCAAAACCGGCCAGUUCAUCCGCCUGGUGGAGCCCGAUUCGCCCGCCGAGCUGUCCGGUCUGCGCGCGGGCGACCGGCUCGUGUUCGUGAACGGAGAGCGCGUGGAGAGCGACAGCCAUCAGCAGGUCGUGUCGCGGAUACGCGCGACCGUCGGUAAUCUGGAGCUCAUAGUGGUGGAUGUAGAGACCGACCAGCUGCUGAAGAAACACGAGCUGAAGUGCGUGAAGGAAUUCGUCACGGUGGGUAUUCCGGUGCCGGAGUGCAAUGAGCCCGAGAUCAGCGGGGAUCUGAUGGGGAACGGCACACCGAGGGAGUCUCCGUCUCCAACGCCGCCGCCGGUGCCCGCGAGGAACGGAGAGAUGAUUCCCGUGCACAUUCCCGCGGUGGAGGAACUCCGAUCAUCCGUGAGCUCGGACAUGGACUUUAAGCUGGAGCUCAGACCUCGGCUCUGUGUCAUUCGGAAAGGCCCCAACGGCUUCGGCUUCAACCUUCACAGUGAGAAGUCCAGACCCGGUCAGUACAUCAGAGCUAUAGAUGACGACUCGCCAGCAGAGAGAUCCGGUAUGCAGCCCAAAGACCACAUAAUACAGGUGAAUGGAGUUCCAGUGGAAGGCAAGCAGCAUUCAGAGGUGGUUGCUGCUAUUAAAGCCGGUGGAGAUGAGACAGCUCUUUUAGUUGUAGAUCCAGACACAGAUGCUUUCUUCAGGAAGUGUCGGGUGACACCCACUGCAGAGCACAUCACAGGACCGUUGCCUGAACCAUUGCUCAACGGAGACAUGGAGGACAAGGUUAAUGGAAAUGUGGCCAAACAGGUGCAGCUGAAGGACUCAAAGCUAUCCGUCAGUCUGCCGCCAUCCAAUGCCUCCUGCAACACGUCGCUCACAACUCCGCCUACUGAGACUCCGCCCACUGAGGCGGUGGAGUCGUCAAUCACAGAUGCCAUACCAGAGCUGAAUCUGUCCCUACAGCAGGUGAAGGAGCGCACUCACCAGAAACGCUCCAACAAGAGAGCUCCACCCAUGGACUGGAGCAAGAAAUAUGAACUCUUCAGUAACCUAUAGACCUUCAUCAGACAUCUACAUCCAUCAAGACUUUUUGAUACAGACACAGCAGAUGAUAUAAGAGGUCAUCAGUAGGGCCACUCUGAUAUAUAUACGAAUAUGUACAGAGUGUAUAUAUACACACAGAUUUAUAUUGUACUCAUAUAUAUUUGAAUUACUAACAGAGAUUAUUAGUAAAUUUAGAGCAAAUGGAAUGUAACAUUCUACAACUGUGAUGUAUUUCAAUCAUUGACUGUGUUCAGAAUGGAAUACUAACUUUCCACCUACUGUGAAACAGUAGUGUGCUACGUUGCGGUCACAUGACCUCUUGUUGCAUGCGAGUGGCAUCCAGUAAUCAUCUUGGAAAUGAAUACACUUAAUUGCAUUUUUAUUGUAGUAGGUCAUCUGGAUAUUUCAUGCAUUCAAGCAGUGCUCUCAAACAGUACAUAAGUAUGCUAUAUAAUGCAGAAAUAGUAAGAAAAGUAUGUUAAGAUGCUAUUCUGAACAUAGCCAUUGUACCUAAUGCACCAUGUAUGUUUGAAAUUGUGCAGAUGUGAUUCUGUCGUGCGUGUGUGUACAGUGAGUUUGGUGCAUGAGGCUGUACUGGAAAGUUCUAACCAAACAAUGUAGUGAAACAUAAGUUUGAUUUCAUGUGUGAUUUUUUUUAAAGCCAUCCUUAGCCUUAGACUGAUUUCUCUUCCAAUUCUGUUUCUCUGAAACAUUUCACUGUUUUAUAAUAUGAGACCAAAUGUAGACUGUAGAUAGAAUUGAAUCCACAACUCCUGACUUUUGUAGUAAGCCAAUGAGUGCAUUUGUUAACUAGGAAUGACAGAUCAUAUAUAUGGGAAUAUUGCCAUCAUUCUUGUAAACAGAUAUGCAUUGGGGUCCGAGUAUAUGACCUGUCUGACAAAAAAUAUCAUUUAAAAUGUUGUAAUGUAUGUACAAGAUUCUGAUUCAACAUUAAGAUUUCUAGAUGUAAAAGCUAAUUUGUGACAUUGACUUAUGCCUUCCCAGAUAGCACACGUACGUCUCUGAGAUGUCCGUUUUAGAUCUUUUCAUCCGGAAAGCAUCUUACAUCUGAUAAACAUCUUAAAAAGAUAAGAUUGACAAACAUUCUAACGUCUCAAAGACAUCUGCUGAAUGUCUUACUGACAUCAGAGACAACAUUUUUGAUAUAUGUUGUAUAGACGUCUUGCAGAUGAGCAAACAGUUUGAAAUAGAUGUCUUCCAGAUCUAAACACACACAUCAAAUAUGUGUCUGGGUGAUGUAUGUGUGCUAUCAGGGUUUGUACCAAAGUUCAGAGGUCAUGCCACAGGUUUGCAAGCAAAAGGGGUCAUAACAAAUGCAAAAAAAUUGUUUUUAUUUUUCUUAAAUUGUUUUGCUAAUAUAUGAUAUGUAAUGAAAAAUAUUGUAUUAAAUAUGCAAAAUAGAAGCAUUUUCACAUGGUCUCAGACUGUACAUUUGUCAAAGUGCAUUCAUGUUCUAAUCACCAACUUCCACUGUUUGAUUUUAUUUAUUUGUUUGUUUUAUGUAUUUAGUCCAGUGUUGACACGCCAUAAUACUGCACUUGAUCGCUGUCGUGUAUUGGUGUCGUUUCCUGCAUGUGUGCAUAUGUGAAUGUUAUUUCAAUGUAACAAAACAUUUAUAAAUCA